GGGCGGGGCCACGUAAUGACAUCACAUGACAUGCAUAUCAAAUUACUGUAGUUCAUUCUCCUACUUCCGUGUUCUUUCACUACUACCAUCAACCAACCGGCCGACGCAAGAGAAGCAGAAUGUCUCAUCAAACCGGCAUCCAAGCUACCGGGGAAGUGAAAGAAAUCUUUGCAAAGGCCCGGAAUGGAGAAUAUCGGCUCAUCAAAGUAGUGAUUGAAAAUGAGAAGUUAGUUCUUGGCGGAAGUAAACGGGCUGCCAAGAAAUGGGACCAGGAAUGGGACAGCUGUGUUCUCCCACUCGUGGAGGACGACAUGCCCUCGUACCUUCUCUACCGGUUGGAUACCACCAACAACCAGGGUUAUGAGUGGGUCUUUCUGGCCUGGUCUCCGGAUCACUCUCCAGUCCGACAAAAGAUGUUGUAUGCUGCUACGAGGGCCACGCUGAAAAAAGAGUUUGGUGGUGGCCACAUUAAAGAGGAGAUUUUUGGCACAGUGAAGGAUGAUGUCUCUCUAAACGGCUAUAAAAAGUACCUCAGCUCCCAGGCGGCGCCUCUGCCUUUGACUGCAGCAGAGGAGGAACUGAGGCAAAUCAAACUCAAUGAGUUGCAGACAGACAUCCAUGUUGACACAAAGCAGCAGACUCUUCAGGGAGUGGCGUUCCCUAUGCAGAGAGAAGCUAUUCAGGCACUGGAGCAGUUCAGGGAGAAAAGGAUUAACUACGUUCAACUGGAAAUAGAUUUUCCUAAAGAAUCCAUCAAGUUGUCCAGCACGACUCCUACGGAUCUGAAAGAUCUGCCUAAAAGGAUCCCAAAUGAUGCGGCUAGGUAUCACUUUUUCCUUUACAAACACUCUCAUGAAGGAGACUACCUUGAGUCCACAGUGUUCAUUUACUCUAUGCCUGGUUAUAAAUGCAGCAUCAGAGAGAGAAUGCUGUAUUCAAGCUGCAAGAACCCUCUCAUAGAUACAGUGGAGAGAAACUUGGGCAUUGAAAUUGCAAAAAAGCUGGAAAUUGACAAUGGUGAUGAACUAACCAGUGACUUCCUGUAUGAAGAGGUCCAUCCCAAGCAGCAUGCGCACAAGCAAGCUUUUGCCAAACCCAAGGGGCCAACCGGGAAGAGGGGUGGCCGUCGAAUCACACGGGCACCGGGGGAUGGUAGCGAUGAAGAUUAAACCUCUUCCUAUUCCGAGAUUGACCGUGGUACAUUCCACUUAGUCUAAUGAAUCCCGUCCUGAAGCGAAUAUCCAUUUUACCUUGACUCAUCUCUAGACCACAGCCCUAUAGACUGAUCUAUGCACAAAGAAAAAAAAACACUAAGCCUGUGAAAUUACAUUUUGUAGCUUGCAAUAUGAUACGCUAUGUCGAAGAACACAGAUUGAGGUCCACCAGAAUGUAUUUUACGAAGCUUCACUUGCAUUCAAGGAUGCCGUCUGUGAUGUUCCUGGUAACAUUUUUAACACUAUUAUGCUGUUUACUUGCAUAUUAGCCAAGAUUAUGAUAUAGAGUGCAAUACUGUUGAAAUAGACACUCCAUUUAGUGUUUGUUUUCCAGAAAUAGAUAUUGAUUUUUUUCAAGGAAAACCCUAUUUGAAGAAAAUUUUAAACAAAAAAAACCUUAAACUAACCUAGUCCAUGUAUACAUUGUACUUUCAACGGUAGCUUUCCAGUAAAAUUACAUUUUAGCUGAGGAGUAGCGUUAAUAUUUGUCCAGGAAAUUGGCUUUGGAGAUUAGGCAAGAUUUAUGUUUGGAAAACGCCCGUGAAUCUUGCUCCGAGUGGUUGUCUGAUCAGGAAGGUCAGAAGUUCAGAUCUGUUGUAUGAGGCCAUAAGCAUUAUUUAUUAACUUUCUGAUUGAUUGGGUUGAAAAAUUUCUUAACGAGCGACCAAAUAAAUCAUUUGAGAAGUUCAUCAGUAUUCUGACAGCCACUGAACCUUGUAGCGAUAAGGUAGGGAUGAUUUCAGUGAAGGAUUUGCCAAGAAUAAUGUGCUGAAAAUGUUCCAAUACCUUUUUUUAAUUAUGUAUUAAUUCUUAAAAAUUGGUCUUGUGCUUUUUUUUUUUUUUUUAAAUGUAGUAUUGUUUAAUUAUAGAGAUAUGAUUAUUGUAGAAUCAUUCAUAACACAAAUCUGAAAAAGUGAUGCUUCUCUGCAUCUUGGCUAUUUUACAUGUUCUUCUAGUGAAGACUAAACCUGCAGAGAUACUAUUUUUCUAAGCCUGUACAGCUGUUUGUCCAGAUGAUGUCGUUGUCUAACAUCUUGAAUUGAAUGUUCAUGGUUUCAGGGGUUUAUGGCCAUCCUGUCUGUCUGAGUGAAUGCUUUACAUGUCAACCAAUGCAUUUCAUGCCAUUCGCAACAACACUAAUGUAUACGUUGCAUGGAGUUCAGUUCACUUGAGAUGCUGUCGAAACCACUCAUAAGGGAAGGGACUGCAAGUCCAAUAAUCUCGGGACGAUCCAUCUACUGAUUAACAACAGGCAAACCACUAUUAACAUGUCUCUUGUGUAAGGGUGUUAUGAAGUCUGGAAUCGAAUCAUUGUAGAGUCUUAAAUGUCUUUUUCUAUGCAUUGUAUAAGAAAGAGGAGAGAGAAAAAUAAAAAGAUUUGAAGAUACCUUUA